CCUUUUUCUUUGCAUUUUGAUUUAUUUUCUGAUCAGUGCUACCAGGAUUCGUUGUGUUGUACGACGUUUAGUGAGACAGAGUUUUGGACGUAAAGUCUUUAACUCUGCGGCAGGAUGUUGGAAUCUGUGACCUAUGUGGUGAGGUAUGCUGCCUAUGGCAAUGACACAACAUCACUUGCACCAGCGAUUGAGAAUACUUCAGUGGCUCCAACCUGGCAUUCAGAUACAGAGACCAACAUCACUAAGCCUCACAAGUGUCUCCUGAUCCUUUAUAAAGAUAUUGGGGAUUCUAGGGUUCGCUUUUGGGAUCUUCUUUUAUUGGUGCCCAAUGUAGCGUUCUUCGUGUUUCUUCUGUGGAAGCUGCCUUCUGCUAGGGCCAAAAUAAGGGUUACUUCCAGUCCCAUAUUUAUCACUUUCUACAUACUGGUAUUUGUUGUGGCAGCUGUUGGGAUUACAAGGGCCAUAGUCUCCAUGACAGUUAGUGCAUCAAGUGCUGCUACCAUAAUUGAUAAGAUUCUGUGGGAGAUCACACGUUUCUUCUUGCUGGCAAUUGAGCUCAGCGUGAUUAUCUUGGGACUUGCUUUUGGUCACCUUGAAAGCAAAUCCAGCAUAAAGCGAGUUCUGGCAAUCACUGCAGUGUUGGCUCUGGCGUAUUCUAUUACACAGGGGACUUUGGAGAUUCUUUAUCCUGAUGCACAUCUGUCAGCAGAGGACUUCAACAUCUAUGGCCAUGGGGGAAGACACUUUUGGCUUGCCAGUUCAUGUUUUUUCUUUCUGGUCUAUUCGCUGAUUGUAAUAUUGCCAAAAACUCCUCUGAAAGAUCGAAUCUCUCUUCCAUCCCGCAAGAGUUUCUAUGUGUAUGCUGCAGUCCUGUCUCUGCUGAAUUUGGUUCAAGGUCUGGGAAGUGCAUUGCUUUGUGCUGGCAUCAUUGAAGGUCUCUGCUGUGUUGAUGCAACCACAUUCUUGUACUUCUCUGUGUUUGCUCCACUCAUUUACGCAACUUUCCUGAAAGGAUUCUUUGGGUCAGAGCCGAAGAUUUUGUUCUCCUACAAAUCUCAAGUAGAUGAGCCAGAGGACACAGAUGUUCACUUGCCUCCCACAUACGGUGUGGGUAAGAAGGAUGCUUAUGACCCCAGCUCCUACUCCAGCACACAGAUAGACAGCUCGGGGGGCUAUCUGGAUGACAUUGCCUCCAUUCCCUACCCAGUGGGAAGCAUAAACAGUAUUGACAGUGACCGCUGGAGAAUGAUUAACUCCUAGGACUACAAGGAACGAAAACAAAGCGUGGAAAGUGAAGGGUUGGCGAACACUGGCACCAAUUUCAAUCAUGAAAUUUUGAAGAACUUGUAGGAUUUUAUAAAUCCAUUUACCCAAGCAUGUUGUCCCCCUUCGGGGAAUCGGACUACACAUUCAUGAGGUUAUAUGAUCUAGGCUUAUUGGCUUGCAAGAAGCAGUUGCACAAGAUAUGUGAAGAAUUUCCAUUUUUGCGAAUAUUUUCUAAAAUAUCAACACAUUCCAUCCUUCAGAAAACAAAGAAAAUACGUAUUCCUGCCAAAUCUGCCGUUGGCAAAAAAUAUGAAACCGUGAGUCCUCUGCAAGGCGUCAUUAAUUACUCGAGUGAGGUAUUACUCCCUGACGAUACGAGACUUUAUUUAAUCAAACAUUAUGGGAGGAUGUUUAUUUAUUUAUUUUAUUAUUUUUUUAAUUGUACCAACAUCUCAAUCCUACGGUUGCAAAUUGAACAUAUUAUCAUCAUCUGUAGGUACUGUAAAGUUUCGACUUCAGUGUUCUGUAGCAUUCCUAUCUGAAGUGCAUGAUGCCGUUCUUUGCUUGCCAAGCCCAAUAACAGUAUGACUGAAUGUGUGCAGGUAAUUCCGUUUUUACAGACUGGCCCUUUAGGCCUGACCCUGGAGGUUCGUUCUAAACGUGUGAUCAACCCUCUGUGGAUAAUUCCAAUUUUACAAUGUGUUUAACACACUAGAGCCCAGUAGUGUGUGCUUAGAAAGUCAUUGUGAAGAAGAAGCAUUCUGGGUUAAGCAUUCCCUACUGAGCCACUUCAGAAAAAGGACAACACUGCAGAAGUGCAACCAUAGAUUUUGUUUCUAAACCUUUUUAAAAAUUCCCGUUGAGAGGACGCAUCAGUAGGCUUGCUCAAUGGGGGUCUUAAUAUCUUUGCCAUAUUGUAGAGUCUUCAAAAAAAAAAAAAAAGUGAAAUCGGAAUGUCCAAUUAGUUGUUAAGCACCAGUCGGUUAUCACAGAGUUUCUUGCACAAGAUUCCUGCAUGAAACUGUAUUUUAUGAUGGUGAUGAAUUUUUUGUCUUUUGUGUUAUAUCAGGAAGUCGGUACGACUUCUUGACAUGGGAAUACUGAGAAAAAAAAAUUAGAAUCAUUUUUUUAAAUUAUCUUCAUUUUCCGAAAUUCUAACACUUUGGGUCUUGACUACUUGAGUUAUUUAUUAAUGACAUUACGAUGUUUCUAGGUAGGCACUUUGUACACAACAGCAGGUAAUUUCGACUGCUUAGACGCAAUUCCGGUUGGCUGAGCCUAAGAAGAUCAAGAGACGUUGCUGUUCCCUCCGUAAAUUCUUUCCUUUUCCUUCAAGAAGCCACCUUGAUGACGUUCAUGUCCUCGAGAAAUGUGACUGGAUCUUUUGCACUUUGCACCAGGGCGAGCAUCAGGUUGUUCACGAUCAGCUUUGAAGCUUCUGAGCCUUUUAUGUCAAAAUAGACAAUUCCGUCUUCGGUAAACCCCUCGGACUACUGUUGGGAGGCACAUUUUUAUUUUGUGCUCUCCUCCUCAUGUGCAGUGAGGAUCUAUUAGUUGUCCAAGAAACUUUAACAUUUGAAAAGUUAUGAUUUUAAUGCACGAAUAGUAUAUUAGGCUACUGACAUUUAUGUGCAGUAUUUGAUAGUUAACUAUUUCUGUCUUAAGUGUUUAUACAGAACAAGAUGGGAGAGACGGAGAAAGAGAGGAAAUUAGCUUUCCAAUUCCAAAUCACAUGGCACUAAAACAAGGUGUUUCAGAUAUAAAAUAUAAUGUGAGUUGAACACGAGGAUUUCAAUUCAAUUUUACGCUUCUAGGGUAGAGUAUGGGAGAGAACAGAGAUCAGCAGAGCCUUUUGGUGGUCUUGUGCCCCCUGGCACGUGGCACCUCUCCAUCUUCUAUCCCCCAAACCUUGGUAGAAGGUGAAUGGGACACAAGACGGGACUGCUUAUCAGCAUUGUCAUAAAAAUGUGUAUUAUGGAAAACCUCCAGUUGUUUGGAGUUUGGUUCAUUUUUAUGAAUACUGGCAUUGUAAUUGUUACGUUUGGAUCCUAAAAAUCCUUUAUUUGUACAAAUGUUCUUCUUUUUUUUUUUUUUACACCCACAUACAAUCUGGUGUUUUUCUCUAUUUUCUUUUUUUUUACCACCUAAGUAGGGUUGAAAAUUCAACUCUAAAGUUUAAGAAUUCCUUUAAACAAGUAAUGAAGAUUGGGAUUUCUUAAUGUGGGAAAAAUAUGUACAAAUAAUUGAGUCAUUUAGUGUUUUUAUGAUUUGCUGUACAACUGAGUUGGGUAACACUUUUUACUAUUACUAUCUGUAUUUAAGAUUAACUAAAUGAAAGGCUUCUUCCCACACUCUUAAAACAUUGUUAAAAUAUAUUUGAUUUUUUUUUUAUGUGCAGCAUUGCUAAUCUGAAAUAAAAAAAAUGAAAAUAGCAAUUUCUGACACAAAUUAACAUCCUGUAUUAGCAAUGUAAAUUGUGGAUGGCCAUGAGUGUGCCCUGCAUUGCACUGGCAUCUUACCAGGGUUGCCUCUCGCUUUAGUUAGGCUUCAGUUGUCUGUUACCCUUUACCGAAUAAAAACCAAAAUUAU